CUUCUUCCUUCCUCCCGUCACACCAUUCCUCAACCAUGUUCCAACGUUUCACCAGCCUCUUCUUCAGUGACAGCAGUGCGCCAGAGGGCCUGGAGGAGCCCAAGCCCUUUGUCUCUCAGGAGGAGGAGGAGGAUGGAUGGCUCAUAAUUGAUCUUGCAGAAGGCCCUGGCCUCGACAGCAUGGAGAGCAACCCCAUGGAGGAUCUCCUCAUCGAGCACCCUAGCAUGUCCGUCUAUGUCACCAGCAACAGCCUCGUGGUGGACAGGGACAGCCCCGAGGAGAUCAGUGAAGGGGAGGUGCCGGAGCCGCGACUGGAGCGCCACGUGCCGCACCACAGCGCGUCCCUCGCGGUGAAGGCCGCAAUCCUCGAGAAGGUCAGCCAGGCCCGGCGGGUGCAGCGCGCCAAGCAGCUGGCUGAGAAGCACUGCCUCAGCCAGAAGGCCCUGCAGCGGCAGAACCGGGCCCGCGAGCGGCCCUCGCGCCGCGCCAAGCAGCAUGGCAGCAGCUUCGUCCACCAGCCCUGCCAGCGUCACUGCAACUACUAA